AGUGGACCACAACGAAGAAAAAGGGCGGGAGCAACUGUGGGCCGACGUCGUGUGUUUUUUUACGAUGUUGUUCCUAUUUUCCCCAAAUAUGUGUGGCGUUUGAUAAAGAAGCGGCAUUAAAGCUUGACUGUGCUAAGGUAAAUUCGUCAAAGUAAAAAUGAGUCCGCUUUUUUUUUAGCUAGCUGUCGAUCGAAGUUAGCAUCGCGUUGCAAAAGCUUGUGUGAGCUACAUUAGUGAGAUUGUGGAAAACAUGGCUAAAAUCCAACUGCUGAGAACUUUGAUGGAACAGCGGCUAAAUGUUGCUUUUGCAGAGAUUUUUGGACUGGUUGAGAGAACCAUAGCAGAGUACGAGGAGGAACUUUGGACAACGAAACAGGAGAAAUGCCGAGAACGCCAACUACUAGAUUCUGUUCUUCAGCCUCAAGUGGUCUUAAACAGAACAGGCAUCCAUCAUGUGUUAUUGAAGAGUGCAGAAGUCCCCCCUGAGCAGCAAGAGUGGAGCUCCAGUGUAGAUCAGGAGGAGCAAAAACCCCCUUGCAUUAAAUUGGAAGAAGUACAAAUGUGCAUCGGUCAGGGUGGGACGCAGCUUCAAGUACCGGAGGAGGAUGACCUAAACACAGAGUUCCUAUUGAAUGGCGUUGUUCUGAAGGGUGAAGACGAUGAAGAUAAAGCUCAGUCCAUACAGCUUCACGACAGUCAAAGUGAGGAAAGCAGAGGUGUGGAAUCUCUGAUCCAACACAUAAUGACGGACAAUGAUGAAGAGCCAGACAAACUCUUUGUUUCGCUGUCAGAAAUGGACGACGGGAUGAACAAAGGGCCGCAGUCUCUACCUCAGUACAUCUCGACAGAAGAUGAUGAAGAGCACUGUGGAGAACAUCUUCUAUCAGAACCAGAAGACGUUUUUGUUUCAUUGUCAGAUAUGAAUGACAUGAUUAACAAAGGGCUGCAGCCUAUACCUCAAUACAUCUCGACAGAAGAUUAUGAAGAGCACUGUGGAGAACAUCUUCUAUCCAAACCAGAGAACGUCUUUGUUUCAUUGUCAGAUAUGGAUGACAUGAUUAACAGAGGGCUGCAUCAUAUACCUCAAAACAUCUCGAGAGAAAAUGAUGAACACCUUGGAGAAAAUAUCCACUCAGAAUCUGAUCAAACACAUCCAGACAGACUCUUUGCUUUACGGUCCAAUAUUAAUGACGUGAUCCACACGUUGCCGCAGCCUCUGAGCAGCAGUUCAACUCAACACACGGCAGAAUGGAAAUGUCCCCUUGAGAAAAGUCUUCCCUUGUAUACUUUGUAAAAGAAGAUUAUCCUCACAGUUUGCUCUGAAAAGACACAUGAUGAUACACAACGGAGAGAUUCCCUUUGCAUGUUCAGUUUGCGAUAAGAGAUACAGACAAAAGCACAAAUAUUAUGCACACAUGAAAACACACUCUGAACAGACCCACAAAGAAGCUCCACGUGCGGUUGUCAAAUUGGCUCCACACUCAGAUACGGGCAAGACAAUGCCACAAUCAGUUAUACAGAAGAUACCGGUUAUACAGAAGAAGCCGGUUAAACA